UUCAUUUCUAAGCUAGAAUGACUACUUAAGUCAUCAAGUCCUCCUACUCCUUCCUACCUUAGCUUACUAUAUUAUUUAUUUAUUAACAAAUAUACAAGCUAAGUGCUCAAUUUCAUUUGUGUGAUCACAUCGAUCGUUAACGUAACUAAACUUACUUAUUAACUCUAUAUAUUUUGAUACCAGUAUAUAUAUAAAGAAACUUAUACUAGCUAGGAUCGGAUGGCUUCUGAGAAGGUGGAGACGGUGGUAGCUGGGAACUAUGUCGAAAUGGAGAGAGAACAAGGCCCGGAAGAGUCUUGUUCCGUCAAGACCAAGCUUUCCAACUUUUUAUGGCAUGGUGGCUCUGUUUAUGAUGCAUGGUUUAGCUGUUCUUCCAACCAGGUUGCACAAGUACUACUAACACUACCAUACUCAUUCUCACAACUCGGGAUGUUAUCUGGAAUACUUUUCCAACUCUUCUACGGCUUCAUGGGUAGCUGGACUGCUUACCUUAUCAGUUUACUCUACGUCGAGUACAGAACCAGAAAAGAGAGAGAAAAAGUUGAUUUUAGGAACCAUGUUAUUCAGUGGUUUGAAGUGCUUGAUGGAUUACUUGGGAAACAUUGGAGAAAUAUUGGCCUAUUCUUCAAUUGCACUUUCCUUUUAUUUGGAUCUGUCAUUCAACUAAUUGCUUGUGCUAGCAAUAUAUACUACAUAAAUGAUAGCCUGGACAAGAGAACAUGGACAUAUAUAUUUGGUGCCUGCUGUGCGACGACAGUGUUCAUACCAUCAUUCCACAAUUACAGAAUAUGGUCAUUUCUAGGCCUUAUCAUGACUACCUAUACAGCCUGGUAUCUCACCAUUGCGUCUCUCCUCCAUGGCCAGGUAGACGGAGUAAAGCACUCUGGCCCCGCCAAGUUGGUUCUCUACUUCACGGGUGCUACCAACAUUCUCUACACUUUUGGUGGCCAUGCGGUCACUGUAGAAAUAAUGCAUGCGAUGUGGAAGCCACAAAAGUUCAAGUUGAUAUAUUUGUUGGCAACAUUGUAUGUGUUAACUCUGACCCUGCCAUCAGCAAGUGCAGUGUAUUGGGCAUUCGGAGACAUGCUACUUGAUCAUUCCAAUGCCUUCUCUUUACUUCCUAGGACUGGUUUUAGGGACACUGCUAUUGUCCUCAUGUUAAUACAUCAGUUCAUAACAUUCGGAUUCGCUUGCACUCCUCUAUAUUUCGUGUGGGAGAAAUUCUUAGGCGUGCAUGAAACAAAGAGCAUUAUGAAGCGGUCAUUGGUGAGGCUUCCGGUGGUGAUCCCAAUAUGGUUUUUAGCCAUUGUUUUCCCUUUCUUCGGACCCAUAAAUUCAACAGUUGGAUCACUACUGGUUAGUUUCACUGUAUAUAUAAUUCCGGCCAUGGCUCAUAUGAUUACUUUUGCACCAGCAGCCGCUCGUGAGAACGCAGUGGAGAGACCGCCAUCAUUCCUAGGAGGGUGGGCAGGAAUGUACAGCAUCAACAUAUUCGUAGUGGUGUGGGUGUUUGUGGUAGGGUUUGGGCUUGGUGGGUGGGCCAGCAUGAUGAAUUUCAUACAGCAAGUUAACACAUUUGGCCUUUUUGCCAAGUGCUAUCAAUGCCCUCCUCAUAAGCCCAAGCUUUGAACUGCUUUUUUCUUUUUCUUUUUUUAAUUUUUUUUUUCUAGGGAGCUACGCAAAACCUGUUGAUCAUUAUAUACUCCGUACGUAAUACAUAGAGCGUGUAAAGUUUGGCUUUUUUUUUCUUUUUUUUCCUUUUUGUAUUUCCGUGAGUUCAUUGAUAAGAUAUGUAAACUUGGUUUUUCAUGGAAUUUUGUACUUCAUACAUUAACA